GCGGCCCCCCGGGACCCCCAAAACUGCACACCCCGACCCCAAAACUGCACACCGGGACCCCGAACCGCGCCCCCGGGGCACGGGGGGACCCCCGACAGACCCCCGCGAUGGCUGCGGAGGGACCCCGCGCCCCGGGAGCCGCCGGGCCCCUGCCGGGCGGGGCCCGUGAGGGUCCGGGGGUGGGUGGGGGGGGUGAGGAGCCGGGACCCCUCACGGCCCGCCCUGUCCCCCCAGCCCCGGCCGAGAGCGGCUGCUCGGACGAGUUCGCCCUCGACUGCACCUUCGCCGCCUGCGACCCCGAGCACACAGGGUCGGUGCUGCCGCAGCGGGUGGUCGAGUACGUGGCGGCGGUGACGGGGCACAGCGGGCACGAGGGGCGGCUGCGGGCGCUGCGGCGGGCGCUGGACCCCGCGGCCUCGGGGGCCGCGCUGGACCUGCCCCGGUUCCGCGCGGCCAUGGGCACCUGGAUCGCGGCGUGUCGGCAGGACGGGAGCGCGUGGCUUGGCGAGGAGCAGGAGGACACGGAGAGCAGCGAGCCCAGAGCGGCACUGGCUGAGGAGGACGGGCGCGCGGCCCUGGCAGCCGCCCAGCUCCAGGGUGGCAGCGGCGACAGGGACGUCACCAGCCCCGCCGAAGCCGCUGGGCUGCGCAGCCGUGCCAGGCAGCUGGCCGCCCACAACACGAAGCUGCAGCGGGACGCCGAGCUGGCCGAGGAGCUGAACGCCCGCCUGGCCGAGGAGACGGCUCAGCUCCAGGCUCAGCUGCGGAGCAGCCGGCAGGCGCUGGAGCAGGCCAGGGCGGCCGCCGAGGAGCUGGAGGACCUGAAGGCCGUGGCGAAGGGGCUGGAGGAGGAGAACGGCGAGCUCCGGCGGCAGGCGCGGCACAUGGAGAAGGAGCAGCGGAGCCUGUGCUUGCGGGCCGAGGGGCUCCAGGAGGAGAACCAGCGGCUGCUCGCCGAGGGCCAGGGGCUGCGGGAGCAGAUCCAGGCGCAGACGGCCCGCGUGGCAGACCUGGAGGCCCAGCUCUGCCGUGGCACCGUGCUCCUCUCCGCCCGGGACGCCGCCCUCGCCCAGGCGGGGCGGCGGGCGCAGGAGCUGGCGGUGGCACUGGAGGAGUACGACCGGGCGGUGCAGGAAUUGCGGCUGGAGACGAUGCAGCUGCGGCAGCAGCUGGGCCGGAUGAGGGACGCCUGGGCCAUGCGCCCCUGGUGCCCCCUUGACCAGGCCACGGACAUCGCAGCCACAGCGGCCACGGCGGCACCGAGCCAGGUAAGGGAGGGGGCACCGGGGUCCCUGUGGGCUCCCCACAGCCACUGACCCCCCCGUAUGACCCCCGGCCCACUGCCCUGCCAGGGGACAGGGCACACGGAGGAGGAGGAGGAGGAGGAGGAGGAGGAAGGCUCUGGGCCAGCAGUGCCCGGAGCCCCGGCGGGGAGCAGUGAGGAGCCAGCCCGGCCGCUGGUCCCGCGAGUGGCACCGUGGGCGCCGUGGGCACUGGCACUGCUGGCCCUGCUGGCCCUGCUGGCCCUGCUCUACCUCCUGCCCCCCCGCUGGCCCCAGCCCCAGCUGCGCUACCGGAGCCCCCCACCCCUGUGAGCCCCUCUCCCCUAAUAAAGACCUGUCGGGCAGGACGGUGCCA